UGUCACUUAAUUCGCCUCAUUUUCGUAUAUCGGGACCACCCUGUAGCCCUGAACAUACAUGAGUGGCACGAGACAGUGGAUGGACGGAGGCACCAAGUUUGACCUUUUUGGUGUUUUAUUGUCUGGAUUUGAAAUUCUGACAGACGAGCGGAGACCCUUUAGACGUGUCAGCGCAGCUCAGUUCUCCCACCGUCUCCUUCACGCCCCCCCCAUGGCUCAGUAGUUGGCUGCAGAUUCCCACAAUCCUUUGCGUGCAGACAUCCUUCCUGGCUUCGCUUCCCUUUCAUUGCCACCGAUGUCCUCGAGUGUGUGACUCACCCUUAGGAUGAAUGAAUUCAGCUGGAUGGGCCUUAUCAGCGCCUCUGAGGACCUUGAAGACCCCCAUGAGGUCCCCACAUCUCUGUUUAAUGUUCCCUUUCUUCCAUUUCUUUAGGAUGUUGUCUAACGUUUGUGAGUUUAGUUUGUGGUGACGCUCGAUGACAAAGGUGACAUAAAACAAGGAACAGCAGGAGGAGAAACCAGGACAUCACGUUAGGACGAGGGGGACACCAAAACACGCAGAAAUCUGGAUGACCGAACCCAAAGGGUCCCCACAGGAGUUCGUGUCCAGCUGGUCCCAGUAUGUGGGUGUGAGGGCACCCCCCCAAUGUUCCUGCCUUGCCCACAGCGCUGCUGGGGUCUCGACUUGGGUUGCGUAGAUCUCCGGCACUUCUCGUGUCCUUUUUCAGUCCUGAAGACCACCAAACCCGCAUGAAGUGCAUAUUGCCUUUGAGGGGGCUGGUGGGGGACAAUCGGUGUGGGAGAGUAGGAAGUGGAUGAGCCUGGGUGGGCACGCUGGCCUGGUGCCCCACUGCAUCUCUAACGAUUUCUGUGUUGCAGAGCGGCGUCACAAGAUGUCAAAGGUCACAGCUGACAACCCGGGCUUCUUCAGCAGGAUGGGCUGGGACAUUAAUGACGUCAGCCUUCCUCAGGAUGUGAAGCACGUCGACAAGUUCCAGGAGUGGACGGACUCGUACGUCAAGCACGUCUAUGGCUGCCAUGACAAGAACGCCCAGCGCCACCUAAGCGGCUGGGCGAUGAGGAACACCAACAACCACAACUCCCGCAUCCUCAAGAAGUCCUGCCUGGGCGUCGUGCUCUGCAGUAACGACUGCACGACGCCCGACGGAAGAAAGAUCUACCUGAGACCCGCCAUCUGCGACAAGGCCCGGCAGAAGCAGCAAAAGAAGGGCUGUCCCAACUGUCACGGUCUGCUCACGCUGGUCAGCUGUCGAGGACACGGCGGAUACCCCGUCACCAACUUCUGGAGACACGAGGGCUUGUAUAUUUUCUUUCAGUCCAAAGGAGUCCACGACCACCCCAGGCCCGAGUCCAAGCUGGAAGCCGAGGCGAGGAAGUCGGUCAACAGGAAACGCUCGAGUGCCCCGAUGAAGACGCUGAAUACGCCGAAGGCUUUGGAUUAUGAGCUUUUCACAGGUGCCACCUCUGGCUCAGAGGGAGAGCUGCCCGCCAUGCCAUCCCAGUGUGCACAGGAGUACCAGGAGGAGUACCAGGAGGAGCCCCUCCACCCAAGUCUUGCUUUCCCACUUCCUGGCACUUUUGGCUGCGGGAUGUCCCCUUAUGUGCCAGACGGCCCCUUUGAUGUGGUGGAGGGCACCAAGUAUUACGGCCGAUGCCUGCAAUAUCCGGAGGGUGGCUAUGCGGCGGUGGGCAACUCCAGCUGGGACUCUGGGGACACCUGGAACAAGAUGAUUCACAACUUAAACUUUUGUUCAAGCAAACCUUUCAUUGGCUAUGCGCCGAGCUCAGGGGGCUACCCUUGUGAGACCGCCGAUCUUCAGGGCAUCUUUGACACCCCAAGUGAGGGCUGCCAGGGCGCGAUGCCGAAGAGCAGAGGUCCUUACUGCACCUUUCACACGGGCGGGGAUCAGCCAUGGGACGGAGACGGCUGUGACAAGAAGGCCGUGUGGAGCUAUGGCAGCAGCUUCCUCACUUCACCAGCAUACGACGCGUACCAGGAAGACGCACUGGUGGGUAGACACCCUGCCAGCCAAGCCCCCCCACCCUCGCCAAUAGCGAGACUAACUGAUCAGAGACUGCCACAAGGAAAGUACGGCAGCAUGGCGGCCGGGGGGGACGAGAGGACGUACUUCAUAAAUGAGUCCUUCAGAUGAUGAAGUCAGGUGGCUGCAUCGCUGGGCUCGAGGGUCUGGGGACCAUGCCAGGGUGGUCUGGGGCAGAGCGGGCACAGGACAAGCGUAACCUUGGACCACUGACCACUUCAGUGAUGGCUGGGUGGCCUCAAGGAGCAGGAAAGGGCCGAGUGAGGUGAGGGGCUUGCUGGGGUCAGCCUGUGUCUCUCCAUGUUUGUCACUUGUCACAACUGUGCCACAAUAAAGCUUCUUUUCACAUGUCA